CGGAUAGACAGCUUUCCCAUUUCCGGACAGUUUCUCACUGGAAAACCUUCUGAAGCCCCAAAAAAUGGCGGCUUUCUUUCCUUCUCCGCUCGACGCAGUUCUCUAAUCGACGGUUCUGGAAAUGUCUGAGCGAGAGAGCGAGGCGUGAUCUGGGCCUGGUAGGGCGAAGGGACAUUGGAAGAAUCGAAGCCGUAAUGGAAAUGCCCAAGAAGCUCUGGAUUGAAGCCAAGAAGGAAGGCGCUCCGAUUUGAAGGCUUACUUUGGAUGUGCUGCCUUGUGGAGACCACUGAUAGUGAUUGAUUCCACUAUAUUCUGGUGAUCUCUCUCCCGCCCGGGUUUAUGUGAUUGAUUGACAUUUGUGGACUGAUGAACUCGUUUGUUUGUCAAAAGCGGAGCUUGGCGAACUUCAAGUUUGGUCGCCAUUUUUGUGCUUUCUCAGAUUGCCAAGAAAAUUUCCAUGCUUUACUAUAUUUUGCAAUGAUAGUAUCUGUCUCUCUCCCUAAUGCCUUUCCAAAUUCAACUGCUGAGCACAACUAUAGCAGUAAAGCAAUACUUGGGCGGGAGUUGAAGAGAGUUGAAGAAGAGAUUUUAGAGCCUAAGCCACAUCUGUUUGCCUGUUUCCUUCCCCCUGACACUGGAAGAUUUUUUUUUUUUUUUUUUUCUUUGGACAAUUGA